AGCGGCUCGCGAGGUCGCAUUGAGGGCAGCACAGCCGUCUUUUACCGUUCCCAAAGCUCGUUUCGUGUGAGCCAAAAGUGCUGUUUCGUGGAAUGACCCAGUUUGCUGAGGAGGAAAGGGAUUGAGGUUGUCUGACUGCAGCUGAACACGCUAAAGUUUGUCGGGUCUUUUCCGGCGGGUGUGUGGAGAGCACUGAGGAGUCUGGUGAAGAGACCCUGCCAUGCGUGAAUACAAGCUUGUGGUGUUGGGCUCUGGUGGUGUGGGCAAGUCAGCCCUGACGGUCCAGUUUGUCCAGGGAAUUUUCGUUGAGAAAUAUGACCCCACAAUAGAAGACUCCUACAGAAAGCAAGUGGAGGUGGACGGCCAGCAGUGCAUGUUGGAGAUCCUGGACACCGCAGGAACAGAGCAGUUCACAGCCAUGAGGGACCUGUACAUGAAGAAUGGGCAGGGCUUUGCUCUUGUGUACUCAAUCACAGCACAGUCCACAUUCAAUGACCUGCAGGACUUACGAGAGCAGAUCCUACGAGUAAAGGACACAGAGGAUGUGCCGAUGAUCCUGGUGGGUAAUAAGUGUGAUCUGGAGGACGAGAGGGUGGUGGGGAAAGAACAGGGGCAAAAUCUGGCCCGGCAGUGGAACAACUGUGCCUUUCUAGAGUCCUCUGCCAAAUCAAAGAUUAACGUCCUUGAUAUCUUCUAUGACUUGGUCAGACAAAUUAACAGGAAAACACCGGUGGAAAAGAAGAAAGCAAAAAAGAAAUCCAAUUGUGUCGUCCUGUAGAGCCAGCAGCAGCUCUGAGCCAGAAUGCUGUAAUGAAGAACUGUUAGCUUGUUUGGAUCAUGCCAGCAUUCCCAUCCUCAAUGAGUGAUUCAAUGGAACAGCUGACUGACUGACUCAAAGCAGCACCGGACAGAGCAAGCAAGAAAACCAGUCACAACUCUUUUAUUUCCCCUUUAUGUUGGCAGAAAAAUCUGAGGAAAAACUCUAUUUCCCAUGAGACAUUUCAAUAGAACUGAGAACAGCUCAACAUUUCCCUGAUCUUCCAGACUUUUUACAUCACUGCGGCUGAUAUUAACAUUAAUAGUGAAAAUCAACCACCUUUUCAGUUUCCACACAAUGAAUCUUAGGACACAAUUGCUUGGGAUUCUUGAUCUAUCUUUUUUUC